AUGGGUGGCGAUCUGAAUUUGAAGAAGUCAUGGCACCCAUCGCUGCUCCGCAACCAGGAGCGCGUAUGGCAGCAGGAAAAGCGUGCUCUGGACGAGCGCAAGAAGACCGAGCAACUGCGACGCGAACGUGAAGAAGAGCGCCAGAUCCAGGAACUCCAGCGCCUGCAAGAAGCCUCCGGCAAGACCGCGCCGCAAUCCCGAGUCGACUGGAUGUACCAAGCCCCCUCCAGCUCCACCGGUCAUUACUCUGAAGAGAUGGAAGGAUACCUGCUUGGUAAGCGACGUAUCGAUGGCAUCCUUUUGAAAAACGACACCGACAACCAGAAGCUGGAGAAGGGUGCGGAUGUGGUUGGGGCGAAUGCGACGGCUGGCCCGUCAGUCGGGUCUGCGCGUGACACCAUGACGAAAGUUCUGAACGAUCCGCUACUCGAAGUCAAGAAGCGAGAACAGGCGGCAUACGAGGCUGCGGUUUUGGAGGCUGCUCGGCGCAAGGAGAGAGAGGCACGUCGCAAAGGUGACAGUGGCCGGGACAGUGGUCGGGACCGGGAUCGUCGUCAUCGCGAUCAUGAUUCGAAGCGCCGGAGAUACAGUGAUGAAGGGGAAGAUGGACGGCACCGCUCUCAUCGGGGAGAGCGUCGACACCGAUCUAGGUCGCCAGCCUCGCCGGAGCGAUCUCACCGCAGACACCGAAGCGAACGAGACCGCGAAUACGACCGUGAUCGCCGAGAUGAUCGACGCCGAGGCGAUGACCGUGACCGCCGGGAUGGUGAUCGCGAUCGUCGAGGCGAUAAUACUCGUUCCCGUCGAGAGGACCGCAUUCGAGAUGGGGAACGUGAUCGGCGUGAAUACAAGGACAGAAGGGAUUCCUACACUGGUCAACCUCGAGAUCGAGACUCAGGUGUCAGACGCGAUCGUGAUCAGGACAACGACCGCGAGAGGUCCCCACGUCGUUCAUCUCCUCGACGACGCUCUCCUUCUCCGCAGCAAGCCCAACGCCGUAACGACCGCGACAACGUUGACCGACAAGAUGGUAACCGACGAGAGGGUGACCGACGUGAUUACCCCCGUCGAGACUACAAUAACCGCAACGACUCAUACAACCGAAGCCGUGGCCCAUCUCCUCCCCGCGCCGCGCCUAAAAAGCCGGAUCCCAAGCAGCAAGAGGAGGAACGCCUCCGCAAGCUUGCCGAAAUGCAAUCCAAUGCUAGCGAACUGGAAGCAGACCGACGCCAACGGAUUUCUGAGAUCGAUGCAAAGGAACAAGAGGAGAAGGAGGCUGAUGAUAAGCAACGCUCUGACCGCGGUCAAUUCAUGUCCAAGGUUCAUCAGCGUGUGCAGGAAGACAGCCUGGACGAGCGCAUCCGGCGCAGUCGUGGUGGACUGUCCAAGAUGGAGGAGGAUUAA